CACAUUCCAACAACGGUCCUAUUUUUGUGUUCUCUCCCUUUUCGUGACGUGUCUGCGGUGAAUUUAUUAAAAACCGCCUUUAUCCUUAAAUUACUGGACAAAUAACCCAAAGGAGAGCAACAUGGUGGAGCUGUCGAGCGUCAUUUCCAAGUUCUACAACGACUACGUCCAGAACACGCCCAAGAAGCUGAAGCUGGUCGACAUCUACCUGGGCUACAUUCUGCUGACCGGCAUCAUCCAGUUUGUUUACUGCUGCCUGGUGGGCACCUUCCCGUUCAACUCCUUCCUCUCCGGGUUCAUCAGCACCGUCAGCUGCUUCGUCCUGGCCGUGUGCCUCCGCCUGCAGGCCAAUCCCCAGAACAAGACCGUAUUUGCCGGCAUUUCGCCGGAACGCGGCUUCGCCGACUUCAUCUUCGCCCAUGUGAUCCUGCACCUGGUGGUGAUGAACUUUAUCGGUUAAGAAUGCACUUACUGGCAUGGGAUUCGGAUAUAUUUAUAAAUAAAAUGUAACUCUAAUAGAA